UAAAGAAUGUGGUAAUACUAAAGGCCAGACAGAGUCAGUGGUGGGGAAUGGGGCCAAGGAAUGCUGGUGAGGGUUUAAAUUUUAAACUAAGUGUCCAGGGACCACCUCCCAGGUAAGGUGACAUUUGAGCUGAGACUGGUGGGAGAUGAGGGAGGGAGUCUGGCCCCAGUCCCCAUCUGGGGAGGCAUGGUGCACAGAGGACAGCAGAUGCAAAGGCCCUGGGGCCCCCACGGUGACUGAAGGACAGCAAGACUUGCUGAAGCAGAAUUGGGGGGGGCAAAUAUUUGAGAAGCUGCGAAUCUGUUCCAUGCCCCAGUUUGUCCGUUUCAUACACAAUCUGAGGCCACUGAAGAAGGACCCGGAUGUCGUGGUCACAGAUCUCCGCUUUGGGACCAUCCCCGUGAAGCUGUACCAGCCCAAGUCCUCCAUCUGCACCCCCAGGCCUGGCAUUAUUUACUUCCACGGGGGCGGGACCAUGAUGGGGAGCCUGAAAACCCACCAUGGCAUAUGCUGUCUUUUGUCCAAGAAGAGUGACUCUGUGGUUUUGGCAGUGGGAUACCGCCUGUUACCCAAGUUCAAGUUCCCAGUGCCUCUAAGAGACUGCACCGUGGCCACUAUCCACUUCCUGAAGUCCCUGAAGGCGUAUGGGGUGGAUCCAGCGCGUGUUGUGGUCUGUGGCGACAGUGUGGGAGGCGGAGUGGCAGCGGUGAUUUGUCAGCAACUCGUGGACCAUCCAGAGCUGCCCCGGAUUCGUGCCCAGAUUCUGAUCUGUGCUUUCCUCCAAUCCAUAGACUUCCAGCUCCCUUCCUGCCAGCAGAACUCUGAGGUCCCGCUCCUCCAAUGGAAUACUCUCUUCUACUGCAUUUCUUGUUUCCUGGAUUUCAGCCCUUCCUGGGAAGAUACCAUCAGGAAAAAUGCUCAUUUGCCUGCCAGUGUCUGGGAAAAAUAUCGCAAGUGGUUGGGACCAGAAAACAUUCCAGAGCGGUUUAAGAAGACAGGAUACAGGGCAGUGCCCCCCGCACCCCUCAAUGAAGAUGCUUACCUGGAGACCAAUAUUAUUCUGGAUUCAAAGUGCUCGCCCCUGAUUGCAGAAGAUCACAUCAUAUCCCGGCUCCCAGAAGCUUGCAUCGUGAGCUGUGAAUAUGACGCCAUCCGUGACCAUUCGCUGUUGUACAAGAAGAGGCUGGAAGACCUGGGUGUGCCUGUGACCUGGUGCCACCUGGAGGAUGGUUUUCACGGAGUGCUCAACACCAUUGACUUGGGCUGGUUGUAUUUCCCCAGCUCCAUGAGGAUUAUGAAUGUGCUAGUCCAUUUUAUAAAGGGGUUGUGACCGACUUUCUUUCCUGCUGGCCCCCAAGGGCGCUUUCCACUGUCAACCAGCCUCCUGUGGGACUCUCAGGGGUCCUCAAACUUUUUAAACAGGGAGCCAGUUCACUGUCCCUCAGACCGCUGGAGGGCUGGACUAUAAUUAAAAAAAAAAACAACUAUAUAAUAGCCGGGCGUUGUGGCGGGCGCCUGUAGUCCCAGCUGCUCGGGAGGCUGAGGCAAGAGAAUCGCCUAAGCCCAAGAGUUAGAGGUUGCUGUGAGCCAUGUGACGCCAUGGCACUCUACCCGAGGGCGGUACAGUGAGACUGUCUCUACAAAAAACAAACAAACAAAAAAAACAACUAUGAACAAAUUCCUAUACACACUGCACAUAUCUUAUUUUGAAGUAAAAAAAAAAACGGGAACAAAUACAAUCACACCGCCGCAUGUGGCCCGCGGGCCGUAGUUUGAGGACCCCUGGUUUAGGUGGUUCUGAGUAGGGAUGGGGGUGGGGUAGAGGUUGCUCUUGGCUUCCUCCAGGUCUGAGUUCUAGAACCACACGGUGCAUGCUCCUAAUGUCAGGAGGAAGGCAGUUGAAGAGACAGGUUUGGGGGCUGGGGGUGGGGGUCUCUGUGCAUGCUCCCUGUUGGGGAAGCCUGAGCUGGAUUGGCCUAUAAUGAGGGUUGCUCACCGUGGUAGAGUUCAGACUGCCCAGGUCAAUCCAGACUGUGUGUGACAGAAGUGUCUGGCAGCUGGGCCUUAGAAUAACACAGGUACAUCACACACCAUCUCCUGAGGCUUCUCCAAUGUGGCUCAGAGGUGGGGGCUCUGAUAUUCUGGGCUGCUGGGUGGUGGUGGUGGCAGAGAAACUGGGCUCACCUUCCUCCUUUGGGGGGGGAGGCACAAAGACACUUUUCCCGCUGUUUCCCAGCUUCUCCGCUUAGAGUCUCAACUGCCUGGGCUGGAAGAAUUAAGACAGAAUGGAUAGAUUUUCUUUGUUUUUAAAUUUCAGAUUAAUACGAGGGUACAAAUGAUUAGGUUACAUAGUUUGUGUUUCUAAGGUAAAGUUCGAGUUGCAGUUGAGUCCUUCAUCCAGGGCGUAUGCUGUAUACCCUGACAUUGUGCCUGUUAGGUAAGAGCUCACCAAUCCCCCUGUCCCCUCCCCUUUCCCCACUCUGUCCUCUCCCUCUUAAAGACACUUGUUUUUCUCUCAUGGGUGUGUACUUGUUUUUCUAUUGGUUUCAUAUUAGUACAUUGAAUACUCGAUUUUCCAGUCUUGUAAUACAUUACUAAAAAGAAGGUGCUUCAACUUCAUCCAGGUUAAUACAAAAAUGUAAAUUCUCUAUCUUUUUUUUUUUUUGAUGGCUGGUUAGUACGAUGGAUAGAUUUUCCAUAGUGGUGGGCACCUAGUGGCAGAUGAAGACAGCUGGGAGCUGGAACUGGGGGAGUUCUGGAGCUCCUGGGUUAAAGUUCAGCUUCUAAUCAAGGGCCCAAAAGCAAUGUUAUGCCUUCAAAGAGAGGAAUUGGGAGGCAGGCUGAAUCUUGAGCCAGAGACCCAUGAAGGCUGAGCCUAACCAACUCAACCUGGUCCCUGGAGGGAAAUCAAGAGACAGUCAAGGGCGGCGCCUGUGGCUCAGUGAGUAGGGCACCGGCCCCAUAUGCCGAGGGUGGUGGGUUCAAACCCAGGCCUGGCCAAACUGCAACAAAAAAAAAAAAAAAAAAGAGAGACAGUCAAAGGGACAGAAGAUGUGUUAGUGAGAACUACCUCUAUUUCAAGACAUGGAGCCAACUCAAGUUGGCCUCAAUCAGAGAGAGAAUAUAUUGGCUUUGGUCACGAUUAAUUCUAGGCCUCUAUCAGGCAAGAUUUGAUCCAGGAGCCCACAUCUGCCAUCAGCUGUCUUCUCUUUUCUCUGCUCCUCUGUCCUCUGCAUCAACUUCCCCUUUGGCCCUCCAUGUGGUGGCACUGACAGCUUCCUGCUUACAUUCUCCCCGAGUUAAGUUCAUUAUUAUGGACUUUUCUCAUUCUCAGCAAUCCCAGCAAAAACUCUUUGUAACUGGAUGGUUCUGUUGGCUUUCUGAGCAGUGUGUCCAGUUGCUACAACCAAGGGAAUGGACUAUUCUGACUGACCAGGUCCAGGUCCUAUGCCCUCCAGUUCCACCUGGUGCUUGGACUGAACAUGGGGGAGUGAAUGGUUCCUUCUGAUUGUGGGGUGGACAUCAACUCUUGCUCUGCUACAGAAGCUAAAUUGGAUUCUGAGUUAAGGUACUUAGAAAUGAUAAGAGAUGUCCAGGACCACAGGGCAAGCUGACCAAAUAAAAAUUCCUUUGAAAGGGAUGUUCAGCUUUGUAGAUUUGACUAUAUCCAGGUAUAUAGCAGAAAGGUAAGACUGAAUAAUGCUUGAUGCAGAAUCUGAACUUCCCGUUUACCUAUAUAUUAUGUUUAUUUGUAAGGGUAUAACGCAAAGGGAACAUUUUUGUGUUUAAAGUUAACUACAGCUGUGCUGUGAAGAGAGUUCUUUAUAAAGAUUAAUAGGCUCCUAGAACUUUAGUUUAAAAUGUAAGAUAGAAAAAUAUUGGAUAUUUGAAGCCAUUGUUAAUAUAUUUCUAUUGCAGUAUCCUUAAAAAG